CCGUGAAACAUGGAGGUUGCAAGGUUUGUUGUUGUCCUAAGGAACCCCAAGUCGGUCCUUGUUAGCAAUCACAUUGCAAGUUAUGGAACUGUUACUGAUUAUUUUGAUGUGGUCCCUACGUAUGACCAAAGUAUUGAUGCAAUGCUAACAGACAGUCAGGAUCAACAUUUAUAUGGGACUUGGUUCAAUCACAUCAGUACUUGGUGGGUAAACAGAGACAAAAUGAUGGGAAACAUUCACUUUAUCUUUUACGAGGAUAUGAAAAAGAAUAUGGAAGAUGUCAUCAAAGGCCUAGGAAUGUUUCUCAACAAAAACGUAUCUAAUGACCGCAUUGAGAAGAUGGUGGAAUACCUACAGUUUGAACAAAUGUUAAAAGACUCUAAAACUGGAAAAGCUUUUGAGAACUUUAAUUUACCCGUGGAUGCCGAUGCUUUCAAAUGUGCACAUAUGAGAACAGGUGUUAUUGAUGACUGGAAGACAAAACUGACUGUUGCCCAAAGUGAAAGAAUGGAUGAAUACCUAAGACCAAAGUUAGACAAAAUUGGGUUGGAGUUCCAAUAUGAAUAGAGCUCAGUAUUACAAUAGGAAGUUAAACCAUUCUUCUUCAAAGGACUUCAUUUAUGCUUAAAUUCAGCAU